GCCAUGGCGACCGCCCGGGUGCUGCGGCCCGGUGGCUGCCGCCGCCCCCUCCUCCUCUCCUCCGCCUCCUUCUCCUCCUCCGCCUCCUCCGGUGGCGGCCGUGCGGCUGAACCCGGGGAGCAGCCGGACAACGCGGGUCUGGGUUUCCGUCCCCCGGCGCACUCGCACAGUGACUGGAUCGGGCCCCCGGACAAGCACUCCAACCUGCGCCCCAUCAUCUUCUACGUGUCCCCCGAGGAGUCGGCGCUGGAGCGGCGGCUGCGGGAGGCGCGCCAGGAAGCCCAGGCCAGCAACCAGCGCUUCUGGGCACGGCACAACCGCGCCUUCCGCCAGGAAAAAGAAGAAUUUAUUUAUUCAAGACUGAAAGCCAAGGGUCUGGAAAUGAGAGAUGAAUCAGGUCAAAAAGCAACACUGAAUGCAGAAGAAAUGGCUGACUUUUACAAGGACUUUCUAACUAAAAAUUUUAAAAAGCAUUUGCAGUAUAACAGAGAUUGGUAUAAACGUAACUUUAGGAUCACAUUCCUCAUGGGACAAGUAGCACUGGUGAGAGCUCUGAGGUGGCUUCGUCGGAGAAAGAAAAACGUAGAACAAUAAUCACAGCUCCAUGAAGAAUGCACUAUAUGCUAUAUGUACUAUAUGUGCUAUAAACUUGUGGUUUAUAGUAAUGUUCAAAAUCUGAAUGGUUGAUGCAAUAAUUACUUGAAUUUGUUUGUAAAACUAUGUAAAUAAAAGUCAACACUAGUCUUAAUUUAUAAUCAGUGUGUAGAUUUCCUUUACACUUUAUUCCAAGAAUCUCUAAAAUAUUUCUCCACCAAAACACAACCAAGAAAACUUUUAAAAACUGUUCCUUGUUCAUGUCAGAUGGAAUGGGUAAUUAUGGUCUUUUUUUUACUGUAGAGUUAUAGCUGCUAAAUAAUAUGAGAUUCAGUGUGGUGUACCUGAACUCUGGUCUCAGAAUGGUGUCUCCACUAUGUUAGUAUAUAAAGACAAAAAUGCCUCAUUUUGCAGCAGUUGCCUGUCUGGGGCAGUAGCUAUCCAUAAGUAAUACAAAAUGGAUGAAGGAACAAAUUUGAUUUGUGAGUAUAUAGACAAUCAAUUUAGAAUAAUCCUCUGCAGUGUGAUUAUUUGCUAUUUUUAAUAAAAAUUUAAGAUCAUUAUUUCAUAUGAGGUCUAAUGCCUUAGAAUCUUCUUUGAUUUUUUAUUUUAAUCAAGAGAAAUGUGCCUUCCUUGGACAAGAGCUCCUCUGAUCCAUGAUUGGUAAAUAUUUUAGUUGCUGAGCUAUUUAACAAAUGUGCUGCCCAUCAUUAUCUUGGUAGAAGACAAAACUGGUAACUCCUGUAUGGAAAACAACAUUACAAGAAGUAUGCACUGUUUUCUCCUGGUUCAUUUCUUCCAAAAAAAUGUGCAGUUCUCAUCAGUUUCUCCAAGGCACUGAUAACAACUUGCCCGAGGGUAGUUUUUGUGGCCUCUGGGUAGGUAACAUCAAUUGGAAGGAGCUUGGUUCAAGUGAAGUCCUAAAAUGUUAUGCCAUGUAUUUUUAAUUUAAAAGAAGUCUCAUGCCUCACUAUCUUCUCUGUCCAUUUAUACAGUUAAAUGGUUUUGUUUGGUUUUCUUUUUUAUCCAGUACCUACUAAGAGGAUUCUGUUAAAAAGAAUGUGUGCUGUCAGAUGAAGUGCUUUCCUAAAGCUGUCCUAGAGGGAAGGUUCUGCUUUUGGAAACAUCAUCUCAGUAGCCAUUGACCUAUUUUUUAUAUCUAAACAUGACAUGAUUUAUUCACAGACUUUUUCAACUGGAGCAAAAAGAGCUUUGUCCACAUCAACUAUAAUAAUUUCUUUGCAAAAUUAAAUAAAUAUUACUGAUACAGUAGCAGAUCAGGGUUUCAUACAACUAUUAUAUUAUUUGGGCUAAAGUGCCUACUGAAUUGUGAUUUUAAUUGUUAUUAGUAAAUGAAAGUGGUCAUUAAUGGUGUUUGUUGAGAUAAUAGCCAACACUUGGAAAAUAUUUGUGAAUGUUACACUGCAUCAGUACUGUAAAGGGUAUAUAUUUAUUAAAAAUUUACA